UGUCCAUCCCCAGGUCUGGUGAGCGGCUACUCUAUGACACCCCCGACCCUGAACAUCACAGAGGAGGUGCACGUCAUCGACACCAGCGACAGCUUAUCCAUCUCCUGCAGGGGGCAGCACCCCCUCGAGUGGGCCUGGCCAGGGGCUCAGGAGGCGCCGGCCACAGAGGACAAGGACGGGGAGGACACGGGGUUGGUGAGAGACUGCGAGGGCACGGACGCCAGGCCCUACUGCAAGGUGCUGCUGCUGCACGACACGCACGCCAACAACACGGGCAGCUACCGCUGCUACUACAAGUACAUCAAGGCCCGCAUCGAGGGCACCACGGCCGCCAGCACCUACGUGUUUGUGAGAGACUUCAAGCAGCCGUUCAUCAACAAGCCCGAUACACUCCUGGUCAACAGGAAGGACUCCGUGUGGGUGCCCUGCCGGGUGUCCAUCCCUGGCCUCAACGUCACGCUGCGCUCGCAAAGCUCAGUGCUGUGGCCAGACGGGCAGGAGGUGGUGUGGGAUGACCGGCGGGGCAUGCGGGUGGCUACACCAUUGCUGCGAGACGCCCUGUACCUGCAGUGUGAGACCACCUGGGGCAGCCAGGACUUCCUUUCCAACCCCUUCCUCGUGCACAUCACAGGCAACGAGCUCUAUGACAUCCAGCUGUUCCCCAAGAAGUCGCUGGAGCUGCUGGUCGGGGAGAAGCUGGUCCUGAAUUGCACCGUGUGGGCUGAGUUCAACUCAGGCGUCACCUUUGACUGGGACUAUCCAGGGAAGCAGGCAGAGCGGGGGAAGUGGGUGCCCGAGCGGCGCUCCCAGCAGACGCACACAGAGCUGUCCAGCAUCCUGACCAUACUGAAUGUCAGCCAGCACGACCUGGGCCCGUACGUGUGUGAGGCCAACAAUGGCAUGCAGCGAUUCCGGGAGAGCACCGAGGUCAUUGUGCACGAAAAGCCCUUUAUCAGCGUUGAGUGGCUCAAGGGACCAGUCAUGGAGGCCACGGCAGGAGAGGAGCUGGUGAAGCUGCCCGUGAAGCUGGCAGCUUACCCGCCGCCAGAGUUCCAAUGGUACAAGGACAGAAAGGCAGUAUCUGGACGCCACAGUCCGCACGCCCUGGUGCUCAAGGAGGUAACGGAGGCCAGCGCGGGCGUCUACACCCUCGCCCUGUGGAACUCCGAGGCCGGCCUGAGGCGCAACAUCAGCCUGGAGCUAGUGGUGAACGUGCCCCCCCACAUCCACGAGAAGGAGGCCUCCUCCCCCAGCAUCUACUCCCGACACAGCCGUCAGGCCCUCACCUGCACAGCCUACGGGGUGCCCCCACCUCUCAGCGUCCAGUGGCACUGGCGGCCCUGGACACCCUGCAAGAAGUUUGCCCAGCGAAGCCUCCGGCGGCGGCAGCAGCGAGACCGCAUGCCACAGUGCCACGACUGGAGGGAGGUGACCACACAGGACGCUGUGAACCCCAUCGAGAGCCUGGACACCUGGACCGAGUUCGUGGAGGGGAAGAAUAAGACUGUGAGCAAGCUGGUGAUCCAGGAUGCCAACGUGUCUGCCAUGUACAAGUGUGUGGUCUUCAACAAGGUGGGCCAGGACGAGCGGCUCAUCUACUUCUAUGUGACCACUAUCCCUGAUGGCUUCAGCAUCGAAUCGGAGCCCUCUGAGGAGCCUCUGGAGGGCCAGGCCGUGCGCCUGAGCUGCCGAGCAGACAACUACACGUACGAGCAUCUGCGUUGGUACCGCCUCAAUCUUUCCACGCUGCACGAUGCUCAAGGGAACCCGCUGCUGCUCGACUGCAAGAACGUACACCUGUUCGCCACCCCGCUGGCCGCCAGCCUGGAGGAGCCGGGGCCUGGGGCGCGCCACGCCACGCUCAGCCUGAACAUCCCCCACGUGGCACCCGAGCACGAGGGCGACUACGUGUGCGAGGUGCAGGACCGGCGCAGCCACGACAAGCACUGCCACAAGAAGUACCUGUCAGUGCAGGCCCUGGAAGCCCCUCGGCUCGCGCAGAACUUGACCGACCUCCUGGUGAACGUGAGCGACUCCCUGGAGAUGCGGUGCCUGGUGGCCGGAGCGCACGUGCCCAGCAUCGUGUGGUACAAAGACGAGAGGCUCCUGGAGGAAGAGUCUGGAAUCGACCUGGCGGACUCGAACCAGAAGCUGAGCAUCCAGCGCGUGCGCGAGGAGGACGCGGGACGCUAUCUGUGCCGCGUGUGCAACGCCAAGGGCUGCGUCAACUCCUCCGCCAGCGUGGCCGUGGAAGGCUCGGAGGACAGAGGCAGCAUGGAGAUCGUGAUCCUCGUGGGCACCGGGGUCAUCGCCGUGUUCUUCUGGUUCCUGCUCCUCCUCAUCUUCUGUAACUUGAGGAGGCCGGCCCACGCAGACAUCAAGACGGGCUACCUGUCCAUCAUCAUGGACCCCGGGGAGGUGCCUCUGGAAGCGCAGUGUGAAUACCUGUCCUACGACGACAGCCAGUGGGAGUUCCCCCGGGAGCGGCUGCACCUCGGGAGGGUGCUCGGCCACGGCGCCUUCGGGAAGGUGGUAGAAGCCUCGGCUUUCGGCAUCCACAAGGGCAGCGGCUGUGACACCGUGGCCGUGAAAAUGCUGAAAGAGGGAGCCACAGCCAGCGAGCACCGCGCCCUGAUGUCGGAACUCAAGAUCCUGAUUCACAUCGGUAACCACCUCAACGUGGUCAACCUCCUGGGGGCGUGCACCAAGCCCAACGGCCCCCUCAUGGUGAUCGUGGAGUUCUGCAAGUACGGCAACCUCUCCAACUUCCUGCGCGCCAAGCGCGAGGCCUUCGACCCCCGCGCGGAGAAGUCCCCGGAGCAGCGGAGGCGCUUCCGCGCCAUGGUGGAGGGCGCCAGGGCGGAUCGGAGGCCGGGGAGCGGCGACAGGGCCCUCCUCGCGCGGUUCCUGACGGGCAAGGGCGGCGCGCGGCGGGCCGCUCCCGCGCAGGAAGCCGAGGACCUGUGGCUGAGGCCCCUGACCAUGGAAGACCUUGUCUGCUACAGCUUCCAGGUGGCCCGAGGGAUGGAGUUCCUGGCCUCCCGCAAGUGCAUCCACAGGGACCUGGCUGCUCGCAACAUCUUGCUGUCCGAGAGCGACGUGGUGAAGAUCUGCGACUUCGGCCUAGCGCGAGACAUCUACAAAGACCCCGACUACGUGCGCAAGGGCAGUGCCCGGCUGCCCCUGAAGUGGAUGGCGCCUGAGAGCAUCUUCGACAAGGUGUACACCACGCAGAGCGACGUGUGGUCCUUUGGGGUGCUGCUCUGGGAGAUCUUCUCCCUGGGGGCCUCCCCCUACCCUGGGGUGCAGAUCAACGAGGAGUUCUGCCAGCGGCUGAAAGACGGCACCCGGAUGAGGGCCCCGGAGCUGGCCACUCCUGCCAUACGCCACGUCAUGCUGAGCUGCUGGUCUGGAGACCCCAAGGCAAGGCCUGCGUUUUCAGAGCUGGUGGAGAUCCUGGGAGACCUGCUCCAGGCCGGGGCCCGGCAGGAGGAGGAGGACCCCGUGGCCCUGCGCAGCUCUCAGAGCUCCGAGGAGGGCAGCUUCCUGCAGGCGUCCACCACUGCCCUGCACGUCACCGAGACCGAUGCUGAGGACAGCCCGCCGAGCCUACGCCGCCACAGCCUGGCUGCCAGAUACUACAAUUGUGUGUCCUUUCCCGGGUGCCUGGCCAGAGGGACCCAGAGCCAGGGGCCCUCCAGGAUGAAGACGUUUGAAGAAUUCCCCAUGACCCCCACGGCCUACAGAGCCUCUGUGGACAACCAGACGGACAGUGGGAUGGUGCUGGCCUCAGAGGAGUUCGAACAGAUAGCGAGUGGACAAAGACAAGCCAGCGGGUUCAGCGGUAAAGGACCUGGCCAGGACGUGGACGUGACCGGGGUGCACUCCGACCCCCACGGGAGGCAGCCGCGGCCCGACACGGGAGCCCGAGGCGGCCAGGUGUUUUACAACAGCGAGUACGGGGCUCUGUCGCAGCCGUGCAAGGAGGACGAGUGCGCCCCAUCUGCCCGCGCGCCCUUCUUCACGGACAACAGCUGCUAAGGCGGCCUCAGACCACGGCCCUGCCCUCGGCUGAGCCUGGGCUCCAACACCUGGGGGCCGGGCCUGGCCGGGCCAGCAGAGGGCUGGGGGCCCAGGUGGGGACUCAUCUCAUUUAGCUCUGGCCAGAGAGAAGUGCCCUCUGCCCUGUCCGCAGCCUCCCCAGCUAGGAGAGCAGACUCCGGGCUCAGGGCACCACGCCUGCCCAGGGCCACCCGCAGCCGCCCCGGCCCUGCUGUCCCUCAGACUCCGCUGCCAUUGAGCUCGGUGUCCACAGGGGCGGCCCCGAGCUGGGCACUUCAUGGAGAAUGUUCCCUUGAUGACCUCCUCUCAGCAGUGGGUGGGCGGCAUGACGCCCGUUUUCUGAGGAGGAAUGUGUGGGUCCGAGAGUCCCACAGGGGUCGAGGUAAAGCCCGCCUUGAGCCAGCUCUCCCAGCCCCUGCCCACAACGCCGCCCCAUCCACCGGCGAGUGCACCGCCCUUCCCGCGGGGAACGGCUUUCUUCACCCCCGGCCGAGGCCGAAGGGAGGUGCCGCGUUUCCUUCCCCAAGCAGCAGUGAGGCAUCGGGGUCCUCCUGAGCCCGACCAAACAGCUGACUGUCCCGUGGGGUGGCCGUCUGUACGUGAGGGACCAGUGCCAGACUGAACCAGCACCCCUGGCCCUGAACGAGAAGGACCAUCCAAUGGGUCUUUUUCACUAGAACUUCAGAGACUUUCGGCUGCUGUGAAGAAUUUCCUUUUCAAAAUUCAGUCUGCAGGGAGCCCAGGGGCAGCGACUCUCAGCCCCGAGUCAGGGGCUGUCAGAGCAGAUGCUCCCUCUGGAGAAGGCCCCAGUCUCCCCACCUGGUCCAGAACGUGGAGAACCGGCUGACGGUCUGGAGCCGCCCCGUGUGGUUCUACCUUCCCUCGAGCUGGCUCUGCCCCCUGAGGUGCCUCCCAGGCAUGGCGGUCCUCACAGGAAACGAGCCUGUGAGCUGCACCGAGGAGGGCCUUGGAGCUGGCACUGCGUGGUGACACUCAGCGGCCAGUGGGUGUUCUUGUGGCCCUGGGGGCCUGACUCGGACACCCUGGCAGAUCAAGCCUCGGCCCUCGCAGGGGAGCACCAGAGGCCCCCUGAAGGCUGGGACCAUGCUGCCCAGGCCUCCCAUCCCGGCUCACACUGCCCCGCCACCCCCACCAGGAGAAAGACCCUCCCCCGGGUGAGGACCCGAAGACCGACCCCCACUCCAACAGGCGCUUGCAGGACAGGCGGCUGCGCGGGACAGGGGCUUGCUCGGCCCCCUCCGAGUGUGGUGUUAACUCUGCGAUAGUUGCGUGCAUGUAUGACUGUGAUCCUCAUCCCCGUGCCCCUCCCCGCCCUCUGCACUCACUUGGCUGUGGGCCUGGGCUCUGGCCUCCCCAGGGGAAGCCCCGGGCUGCUGUCCACGGAGGACCCGAGUGAGGUGCGGAGGCCCCGCCCGCGUGCAAACCACCUGUUUGUGUCACCUCCCCUCCUGUCACGUAACUGCACACCCAAACAUGUACCUGGGAAGAAAAUCUACUACGCCUUUGUAGACAAUGUUCUCUGAGAAGAUGGAAUAUAUUUAACAAGAGAUAAUAAUAAACUUGAUGCCAGU